AUCUCAACCAAGCCCUCACCUGUUUCUGCUCGACAAAAUCCCAACCAGAAGCUCAAAAUUGCACCACACCUGCGGCAACUGAGUCGCGCGCCUGUACCUCCCCCGACCAAGACUCCUGAAGAACUUGUUAGUCUGGGAUAUAUAGUGCGCCGCACACCUUCCGUCCAGCUGCCCGUAUACCGAAGAUGGAUGUCUGGUGGCACUCGUCAGGUGGUCUUGAUUAAAAAGAUCGACGGGGACCGAAGACGGCUAUUAGAAGAUCUUGUUGGUAGCCUCGGCAUCGCUAGAGAGGAAGUACGGAUCAACCCAACAACGCAACAUAUAGAAUUAAAGGGAGAUCAUUUUGACAGGGCCAGAGGAUGGCUACUGGACCGGGGUUUCUAA